AGUAAUGCCUAAAAUAAGCUCAGUUCGUUUAAAAAACAAUCCUGUUUGUCUGAUGAAGGUCAAGCGUCCAAUGUGAUUUUUAAAGAUGACGGAAUUCCUUAUAUUGUCGGUCUUUAUCAUCCACCUUUCUUCCUGCGAUCAGCAUGACCCAUGUGUUUUUGUAUGGCACACUAAAGAAAGGCCAGCCAAACCACCCUGAACUCUUGAACUCUGACAAUGGUCAAGCUGAGUUCAUCACCUGUGCCCAAACCGUAGACAAAUACCCAUUGGUGAUCGCCACCAAAGACAAAUACCCCUUCCUGCUGAAUUUGCCCGGCUCUGGACAUCGGGUCUACGGUGAGAUCUACAGGGUUGACCAGAAGAUGCUGGAGUUUCUGGAUGACUUUGAGGAAUGUCCAGAUCUCUACCAGCGCACCUCCAUCCAGCUGGAGAUCCUGAAGGAGAAUGAAGAGUCUGGAGGAGUUGAGGAGGCUUUUGUUUACAGCAAAAUUAAUUAUAAAGCUGACUGGCUCCACAAGCCCACAUAUAAACGUUAUGAUACCAACAGUGAUUAAAGACAUAAAGACAGGGCUACUGUACAGUGUUGCCAGCUCUUAUGAGGUAAAUACACACUUGACUCACUCACUAUCUUUCAGUUUAGUCCCUGAUUUAUUGAGAAGGGUAUAAGCGGAGGUUGGAGCCAGCUCCAAGUAAGUGGACCGUCGGGCCCCAAGUGGGCUGUACACACCUAGAGUUUUUGUUUAUUUAAUGUCUUAUACAUGACACGGAGUCCAAUGUUGUGCUUUAUGAAUGUCUACACCUACCCCAACCCUAAACCCAACCUUACAGUAACCUGAUGUGUUUUAUUAAUAUCCGCUCCACCUACACCACCUAAACCCAACCUACUUGUGGUCACCCAACCUACUUGCAGUGUAAUCCCUUCCACUUGGAGGUCUCCAGGCUGCAGCGAUACCUACUUGGAUUUAUCAGUGGUCGCCUCAGAGGUAUGAUCCACUAAUUACCUUGGCAUAUGUUUUAUGUUUACAACCCAGCACUGGGAAAUGCUCAUACACACUCUCUCAUUCACACACACGCUCAUACACUUCAGCACAAUUGUCCAAUCCAAUUUGAUGCAGUUAUUAUUGAUGUUUUGAUCAAAGUGAACUUCAGAGAAACUUUAGUAAUAUAGUUUUCUGCUGGAUCCCUGGACACGUAUGGAAAUGAACAAGCAGAAAAAACAGCUAUAACAGAAAGAAUAAAGGAGUGCAAAACCCCACCUUCAGAUUUAAAGCCACUUAUAAAUGGCUAUGUUUUUAAGAAAUGGCAAGCUCUGUUUAAAAAAAAAAUAAAACUUUCUGAAAUCCAGCCUGUAGUAGGAAGAAAAUUUAACAUUUUUUUUAAUCCAACAUACGAUGGAGUUGUUUACAAGAUGCUGUAUUGGACACAGGAGACUCACUCAUGGAUAUUUACUAAAAAGAGAAGUUCCCUCAAAAUGUCAGUAUUGCAACAAAGACCAAAGUGUUAAGCAUAUACUUUUGUAAUUCCUUAGUUUUCAUGAAAUUAGGCUUUCAAGUAAGUGAUAAGCAGAAUUAUUUACUUCCUGUAGCUUUAUUUUUGUUGUGACAGAGAAAAUGAGUAAACUAGCAAUCGCAGUGGAAUGUUUUGCAUUCAUUUGCAUUGUACAACAUUUUUUAAGGACAGAAGAAAAAAAAAAAGAUUUACAGUGUUUUUCCUUUUUUUUUAAACUAGAAAUAAAAAAAUGACAAAAAAUAUAUAUUUUUUUAUAUAUAUAAUAUAUUUUUUAAUGUUUACAAUUGUUGUAAUAACAGUAGCUCAACACAACUAAUAAUUCUAUUAUGGAAACUAGCUGUGUGAUGCUUAACAUUUUCAUAACAAUGUUCUGCUUUUUUCAAUUUUUUAUUAAGACAGUGAAAUAUUUGAGGGAUGUUAUACAGAGAUUUGGAGGAGAUAAAGUAAGGAUGCACAGAUAUCAGUAUCGGGUAGGUUGACACUUCAUUAUAAUACUCGUAUCAAACAUGAAAUGCCAAAACCACUCAACAGUAAUUCACUACAUGGAAGUGAUUUGUUGUUCUACCUGACUUCAUUGUGUUCAUGUAUUAUAUAUUAAUAUAUAAUACUUAUAAUAAAUAUAAUAAUACUUAUUAUAAAUAUUGUCCUUAUAAACAAUCCGUAUAUAAAAUACAGUAUUAACAAAUCCAUAGGCUACUGAAGAAUAAACCGAAUAUGCAAUAUAAUCCUUGAUUAUAUAAUGUGUGAAGUCGUGGAUGCGUGUCAGCACAAGGAUAACUUAUCUUUCAUGCUUAAUUAUUAAUCGAUGCGAGGUUGUCAACAAUGCGUGUAUAUUUUUGGCUUGUGAUAGCCUUCUGUUAAAGAUUUUUGUCUUCAUCCUUGCUACAGGAAAAAAAAAAAAAAACCUCCUUUAAAAUUAAUUGCACUUUCAUUGAAACCAAAUCUAAGUAGUAUCGGAAUCAGUACUUGGUAUCGGCGAGUACACAAAUUAAAAUGCUCAUACUCGUAUCAGUUUGUAAAAAAGUGGUACCGGUUCAUCCCCAAGACAAAGUCUUGAUCCAUCCCUGAAAGUUUAUUAUCUGUUAAUAAAAACAGUGUUACAAAUGUUUCAUAUCAAAAAGCAGACAUCUGAAAAGUGAUUUACAGUCACCCUUUACCGUUUUAUUUGCACGUGGUUGUUAAUUUUGUAACCUGACUGUUCAGUUGGUGUUGUUUCACAUAUUAAUUGUGUACCAUGAAAAUAAAUAUGAUUUACGGCACUUUACUUUGCAAAGUAGCAGUUCUCAGGAACAAUUUGCAUGCUUAAACUGGAAAUAAAAGGAGACGAUCUAUUUUUGUAUUAUAUUUAUGAAAAUGAAUAAAGCUGCAUUUUGCUACCA